UUCAUUUGCUUGUGGUCUUGAUUAUUACUGUUGCUAAUUCAAUCAAUCUUAAAUUCUGCCACACUAAUUAUCUAACCGUGAUAUGUUCAAGGUAGAUUAGACCAAUGCCAGAAUUGUGAUAUUCAAUGGAUUAGUAAAUUGUCGGAUAGAUUGACAAAUUAAUCUGGUGAUGAUGAUGGUGAACCAAAUCUCCUGUUAACACACAAACACCGAGUUAACAUUUUCCUUUUUUCUAUUUUCAAUUGUUGACAAUUUAACUCAAGGUUAACAUGCACAAUUUUUGAACCGUUUUAACAGUUAAUUUGCUAAUUAAUCAACACAAAUAAGCAAAUUCGCAAGUCGUACCUGAGAAUCAAUCUAUUCGAUUCAACACAAACUCGCCUGUUUUUUUUGUGUUUAAUUAUUUUACUUUAUUGAAAGUAAAACAAUUAGCUACUCAAACAUGUUCCAAGAAUCAUUGAUUAUCGUACGAAAUUGAUUGAGAAUCAAUAAAACUGUAAAUUGCUAUCAGGUGAUAGUUUUAACAAUUGGACUCUAAGAACAAGAUAAUUAAGGUUACAUUUAUCUCUUUAUCUUUAGUGACCGUCAAAGAAAAGGAAUCAAGGAAGGAAUUAAGAAUCAGUUGUUCACUCUUGAUUGUUAACCAUUCUGUUGAACGAUAAAUUGCUGGUUUCAAUUGUUUUUUCAUCUUUCAGUGAAUUGUGACUUAGAAGAUCCCCUGAAGAAUCGCCAAUCAACAAGAAGAAAAAUUUUCCUGAUUUUGUUUUGUUCUCUUACAAAAUAAUCAAAACAACAAUCAAAGGAUUAAGAUAACGUUUAGGAUUCGAGGUGUUAAACUAAUCCAAGAUGUCUACAGCUACGGUUGACUCAAUGGUUACCAUCAAAUCUCGUGAGAAAAUGUCAUCAAUCGAUUGGACAACACGACCUGGUUUACCUUUUACCUUUUCGUUUGAAAUAAUUGACAAUAUCGAUGAACGGAUUAAAUCGUUGGGCGAUAGUUAUAAUCUCUGGAUUGUCUGUUCACUCGCCUAUGUGUUUAUAAUAUUUACUCUUCAAAGCUCAAUGAAAUCUCGUUCAUCAUAUUCUUUACGUUUACCGUUAAUCCUUUGGAAUUUUGGAUUAACCAUUUUCUCUCUAGCAACUGUCCUUCGUCUCGGACCCGAUCUUUUAUCCAACCUUAACAAUAAAGGUCUUUUCGCGACCUUUUGUGAUUCCUCAUCUUUCCACUUUGACCCUCGAGUCAAGGUGUGGAUUUGGCUAUUCAGUUUAUCCAAAUUAGUUGAAUUUGGUGACACUUUUUUCAUUGUUCUUCGUAAACAAUCAUUGAUCUUCCUCCACUGGUUCCAUCAUGCAAUUACCCUUCUUUACACCAUGUUUGCCAUUGGUUUCUAUCUGCCCGCUUAUGCCCGUUGGUUUAUGACCAUAAAUGCCGCUAUUCACACUCUAAUGUAUGGUUAUUAUGCUGCUCGAGCGGCUCGAAUACGAUUCCCAAAGUUUGUUAAUAUGUCGAUAACCAGUCUACAAAUAAUUCAAAUGAUCGCCGGUUUAGCAAUUAAUGGAACCACUUUCUAUCAUCAGAUGACUUCUUCAUCUGAAUGUGAUGGUCAUCCAAAUGCUUCCAUCUUCGGACUGGCCAUUUACACCUCAUUUUUCAUUCUUUUCUGCCAAUUUUUUAUUCGUUCUUACAUGGCACCCAAAUCAUACACCAAAAGUAAAUUAAUCUCAGAUUCUGAUAAUAAUAAUCUCAACUAUUCUAAUGGAACUAAAAAACUUCAAUAAUAUUAUGAUUGGAAUGAUAUAAAAGUCAUCAUCAUUUCAACGAUGUUUAUUUUGUAUUUGAAAGAAAUUAUCUCCAACAACCGAUCCUUUGAAUAAAUUAUAUUAUUCUAAUUGUUUGAAAAUUUAUCUAAAAAUCUAUCACGUUACUUGUUCAAUAAGAAUAGAAUUGCAAGUUCAAUCGUCCAACUUAUCGAAAGAUUGAAUUUUCGAGUCUUAUCUAUUCUUAAAUAAAAAUCAUAAUUGUACAUCUUUA